AUGCACUUCGACCCAGAAGCCUACAACCUGAAAUGCUACCAAAUGACCGACGAAGCCCUACUGGCCAGAAGAGCACAUUAUGUCCGCCAGCUAGCGAGCGGCUCGACGGGGGCCGCGCUGCACACCGCCGCGGGCGCCGCCACGGCCGGUCUGACCUGGCUGAUGGUACCGUACGACGCGGCCCGCAUCCGCAACGCGCGGAGGAAGCGGCGGAUCCUCGAGAAGCACGCCGUCGAGCGCGGGCUCACGGUCAAGACGAAACGCGGAGACGUGCUGAUCCCGAUGGCGCUGGGCGUGACGCUCGGCGCCGUCGCGUUCGAGGGGGCCGAGAUGUGCGCGGAUGCCGUGGUGGCGGACACGGGGGGUUCGAAAGAGGUUGUCAAGGGGGUCGCUCAUCUCGGGCUCGACGCGGGCGUGGCUGCGGUUGAGCAUGCGCAUGCCAAGAACGAGAAGACGAAGUCCGAGAGGUGGAGGUGGAAACGUGGGCGGCACGAAGCUUCCCUCGGUGAGAAGUCGGAAAAGUAG